AUGUAAUAUUAGAAACAGUUACUCAAGUAAUUAUAACUAUUUAUCUUCAAUAUAGAAAUACUCUCGAAGAACAGUAAUAGUAUCGAUAAUAGUAAUAAUUGGAUUAAAAAAGAAGAGCAAUUGAACAAGAAUAAUAAAUGCUUCAAGAAUCAGCAAAAGCCUUAGAGUAUGAUGAACUUUAACGCAAAUAAAUAUAAAAGAUAAAAUAAAAGGAAUUAAGUGAAGCCUAUGAAUAAAGCAUAAACUAAAAAAAAUAAAGUCAAAACAUAAUCAAAUAAAAAUAAAUUUAAGAUGAAUUCAACCUUGUUUCUUAAGCUUAAUAAUAUUAGGAAAUGUAAAGAUAAUAGAAAAUGCAAUAAUAAUAUUAAAUGAAAUAAAUGGCUUAAGCAUCUAUGGAUGAUAAAAUGAAAAAAAUUAUGUAAUAAAAAGAAGUUUAAGAAUAAGAAAAAAUUAAGGAAUAACUAAAUUAAAGAGAUGAAGAAAUUCGGAUAACAGAAAAGCAAAAAUAAUAUAGAGAUGUAUUUUUAAAAUUUAAAUUUAGUAUUAUAGAUAAGUAGCUGAAUAAUAAGAAAGAAUGCAAAAAAACUUUUCAGAAAAGAUUGGUAGUGAUAAAUAAUUCUAAAUUGAAAAUAUGAUUAAUAGAGGAAUUGAAAAUGUAUAAUACAAAGAAGAGAUGGAAGCCCAGUAAAAAAAAUAAAGCUAACUCUAUAAUAAAUAAAUGAUGAGAGAUUCCUUAUAGAAAUAAAUCUUUGAAAAAGAAUAAAGUACUAAAAAUUAGAAUGCUUCAUAAAUUAUGAGCAAUGGAGUAUAUUUUUAAAUAUAUUUCUAAUUAGUUUAGAAGUGUUGAAAACAAUUAAAUUGAUCCUUCAAUACACAAUCCCCUUUUAAAUCCUAUACCAGGAUAUAAUCAAAAUCCAUAUUUAAAUUAGAGAAGUUAGUUAGGCACAUAUGGAAAUUAAGUACUUAAAAUGUAUUGA